AUGGCGGCUCCGGACGGCGGCCCAAAAGGCGAUCGAAUAUGGUGUGAUGGAUGCUAUGAUAUGGUACACUUUGGUCAUGCCAAUCAAUUACGUCAAGCCAAACAAUUUGGCAAGAAACUUAUUGUUGGCGUUCACAAUGAUGAAGAGAUUACGAUGCAUAAGGGUCCACCAGUGUUCAAUGAAGAAGAGCGAUAUAGAAUGGUCGAAGGCAUCAAAUGGGUCGAUGAGGUCGAUGACAUUACGCUCACAGCCGACGGAAGAGACACAUACGAGGAGGUGAAGAAAGCGAAGCGCUAUCGUGAAUGCAGACGAACAGCCGGAGUAUCGACCACGGACCUUGUGGGACGGAUGCUUCUCUUGACAAAAUGUCAUCACGUGUCCGAAGAGCACAUGGAUCAGCAUCGAGAACGUGCUCGAACGUUGAGCACGGAUAGCGUAGCACAGUCGCCGUGGACGCGCGUUUCGCGCUUCAUGGCGACCACCCAGACCAUCGUCGAGUUUGCUGAGGGGCGAGCGCCAAGGCCAACUGAUAAGAUCGUUUACGUGUGUGGCGCCUUUGAUCUGUUCCACAUUGGACAUCUUUCCUUUCUGGAGGAGGCGGCCAAAUUGGGCGACUAUCUUAUUGUUGGAAUAUUAACAGAUCAGGUUAUAAACGAGUACAAAGGAAGCAACCAUCCAAUCAUGUCAUUGCACGAAAGAGUUUUGAGCGUCCUCGCUUACAAGCCAGUGAACGAAGUUGUGAUCGGAGCCCCAUACAGCGUUACUGACGAUAUUAUUGAUCGGUUCAAUAUCUCUAUUGUCUGUCAAGGUAGUCGUGUACCUCAUCACGAUCACAUCGGUCCCGAUCCGUUUGAAGCUGCAAAAAGACGAGGUAUAUACCGUGAAGUGGACUCGAAGAGCGAUAUGACGACAGAAAAGAUCAUUCAACGAAUCAUUGAGCACAGGCUGGAGUUUGAACGUAGGAAUAGAAAAAAGGAAAAGAAAGAGCAGGAAGCGUUUGCUGCGCUCCAGAAACUGACAACGAAUGGUACGGUGGACACGAGGAACGCUGUUAACAUCAUGGAUUUAUAA